AUCACCCAAAACCUCACCCCGCCAGCAUCCAACCACGGAACGACAUGCAGGCGCGUCCAAAUGUCCAAAUGGCGACAGAAAGGUUUUGUCCAGGACUCGGAUGAGGAAGAAGACGAAUCUCAGCUUGAGAGUCAGGGUUCCAGGCAGAGUGUUGGCCUGAGUGGACGCGUCGAGCGCGUCGAAGAUGGUGCCGUGCCGAUCCGACAGCAUGAGGCACCCACGGAAGAGGUGCAGGGGGUUGAUGGAGAGGAGGGAGAGAACACGCAAGCUGACGAAGGCAUCAAUGGGAUAGAGAAGCAAGAGAGGGCCAUUGUCACGCCUACCAAACAGAGCUCGCCGAGGCGCCCUACGCCAUCUCCGUUUACACCCAAAUCGACGCGCAGUAUAAGAAGAGAGCCCACCGAGAGCCCUGAUCCGCUGCUAGGGUCACCUACGCCGAAAAACCGACAGGCUGUACCACCUCCGUCGUCACAGCGCCUGGCAUCCCCAAUCCUCCAGCCAAGCUCUGCCGUGUCCAUACCUCAACUCGAAGACGGCCAUGUUGUGCCCCGCUCCGACACCUCGAUUACUCCAAUACAAUCAACGGUCAUGGGGAAACCUGAAACCUCUACACAUGCUUCAAGCAUACUCAGACAGUUCGGUAUCGCGCCGUUGUCCGAUGAUUCCGACGAUGAUCUCUCAGAUCCGCCCACGGACCUGGAAUCGCCUCCUCCUGCUUUCGCUGAGCCCCAUCGACGUACGGCAGUUCAAGUUGUCAUACCAUCCGCAACGGCUUUACAAAGACAAAUCGCUGACGACAGGGCAAGACGCGAAUUCCGCCAACGGAAGCCCAUUCAGAUGCAUCCAUACGCGCUGGAGGGUGAGAUGUAUCGGAGAGAAGUACAGAGCAGAGGUCUUAAGCCGGUGCGGAGAGAACGUUCACGAUCACCUCAGGGUCAUCGCAGACAGCCAAACGACGAGUCGCAAGAACAGGAGUUCAAUCCGGAUCAAAGCCCUACAAGCAGCCCUCCUGAGGUCGAAAUACCCGUCUCUACACCUGUACUGCCAAGGCCAAGAAAGGACGCCGCUCAACAGCCUACGUCCGGUCCCGCCAGACGCCCUCCUUCUACACAGCUCCGUCAUCCUCAUGCAGCGAAGCGUAGAAAGCCCAAUUUCUCAUCCACACAAGCUGCGGCGGCACCGACAAGCAUUUUCGAAGACUAUGAUAUGCGACGGGAUAUCUGGUCGAUUCCCCCAAAUUCGCCUCCGUAUUCGAGCAGUCCGCCAUUACAAGGAAACACGUCAGCUCGCCGUCUAGGCAUGCUGCGCGUAUCAAUCCCUGCUCCAAACCUACCGACGCCUUCAACCUCAUCGGUCAUGCAAGAAGAUCCUCAGAUGCUCCAGGGCUCAGACUCCGAGCCGGCACCGCGCAGUAUACAGAGAUCUGGUGGGGAAUUGCGUCGGCCAACAAGGGUAGUGAUAACGGACAGCUCAUCUUCAGCUGCAGGCUCCGCUAGUGAGGCAGAGAAGAGCGACGAUGAGAUGAGAAAUGUGGGCCGAAAGAUCAAGGGAGUGUUACCUGCUUCUUGGUUGCGAUUCGAUCGCCAGGCACAAGAGCGACGGAAGGCUCAGCAACGCGAGAGAGAGCGCGCGCGUACCAACGCAGCCGCUUCCCCUGAGCCGACGGCGCCCGUACGUGGAGUUGCCCAAAGAAUCAUGAGACCUGCUGGCCGACCUCGACAAAGUUCAACCUCCAACGCGCCUUCGCAAGCUCCUGUAGUCAUAUCUGACGAUUCAGAUGAUGAGCUUAGGGCUUCUGAACCCCGAUUUUUGCAACAAGACCAAAACUCCGUGGCCGACGCAUCUGCAUUAGCUGCAAUGUUUGACGAUCGUUAUGCCGACGAUAACUUGUCCGACAUGGAACACGACCGUUUACCUCUCCCUACACUUGGUGGAACUGGACCAAAGCGGAGAAAACAGACCAAACUUACAGACGCUUUCGCAAAAUCCAAGAAAGUCAGAUUAUCGGACGGUUUAGCAAAGAAUGUCGCCCCUGGGAAACGGUCGUCUGGCGGCCAUCCUUCGCGUAAGAAGCAUGGUCACUCCAAGAAAUCACGUAAAACCCCACCACCUGCUAUGAGUGUCAUAGACAUUGAUCUUUCGCCUUCUCAAUCAGGUGGUAACAUGCCACAAUUUCUCAGGAUUGCCAGACGGCAAGCGCUUCAAAGACCAGAUCUAGCCCGUCAAAGUUUACAUGACAAGCAAAUAAGACUGCAUAAUGCCGAAGACACGGAAGAAGCCAAUAUCACUCUACAACAGUGGCGACGGGGAACAUUGAAACCAAGAGCAAAUGUCAGAUCGCAACAAAGAAGAUCCCGACAUCCUUUGGCCGAUAGGAUCGACAACCAGCAGCAUGCCGAACAGCACUCAGCAACUGAUGGAGCAUCUGCGAAGGGCACUGGAUUACAAUCUGAAGCCGGGACGGAGACAUCUCGUUCACGCCCACGUAGAAGCAUCCCCGCAGGCCUCCAUAUCUUCCAACGUUCAACGACCCAGGUCCGGAGAUCCACGCAAGAAGGCAAGAAAAAUGCCCAACCAAGCAAGGAUCCAAAACGAGCUGUGCGCCAGGCACCUCUUCCGUUCAGAACCGCGCAACUUGAAGGCGAUGAGAAUGACUUUGGCCGUGGCCACAGGAAAAUCGCAUUCGAGAAGGGCCUCUUGCGUGUCGAUCAGCAGUUUGGUCUUCAGCUGCCUAGCGAACAGCCCUUCGUAAACCCACAGCUGGCUAGGUAUCUCGCAGAUGACAAUACUGAACUGCCGCCCCUCCCUUCUGCGAAGGACAUCGAAGAAGGCCAAACUGAAGAUCUAAGCAACCAACAGCCUCCAGUUCGCAGACGCUUGAAGCGAAAGGUACAAGCGCAACGAAUUGAUAUCGAUGCGCGGGAAUACCGUCAGCCAAGCGAGCCAGCAGUGGACGAGAUACUCAAGAACACCGACACUCCUCAACCACAGGAAGUCGACACAGAAGACGGCUUGCCCAUACUCCACGGGUUGGGUCCUUAUGGUACCCGUUACCCGAUCACGUUCGAUGUGUACUCUCUAGCGACCGACACGUACUUUCACUCUUCCACUUUCAUCGGCGCUGACGAAUUCCGCCAAGCUUUACUCACCAGCAAGCCUAGUAGCCGUGAUCUCGAUGAAUUAGCCGGUCAUUGCACCAUCAGCCAUGGCGCUAUCUCAGUCAGAUGCGGUCCGUGGAAUGAUGAAACUUUUUCUAGGCUCCAGGAGAUCGUGAACGCGGUAUCAGAACCUGUCGAAGUCCAAGGAUCCGACCUUGGUAUGUCAUCGUCAGCCCACGAAUGCCCAAUGAACUCAGUUCGAUUGGCACGAUCACUUAUCAACUACAUCACCCACCAUCUCAGCUUUUUGGACCCGAUCGAUCGAGGCGACUGUGUAGCCAAGUUGUUGCGGCUAUGCCAGUCAAUAUUCGAUAAUCUGUUGAUCGCUCAAGGCACUCUCAAUGGAGGAGAUUCUAGCCAUGCUCACAGUGUUAUACGUGCUAUGGCAUACCUUCUUGUCAUCAGCAUUCAAAUCCACCACAUUGCUCAACACCCGACUCUCGCUCCAGGGAACCAAGUCGGAGUCAUUACUCUUGCCAAAAGCUUAUCCAAGACUCUUGUUGCUCAUUUCAUGCGAAACGGCAUUACCAGUCUUGGUAAAUUUCUCGAACAAAACCAGAGGCACUCCGUACGCGAGAAGGGUAUACAAGAUACCGACGUCAUUGUUGAGAGCACGGUCAUAUGCAUGCAUGUCUUGGAAGAGAUGGACAUACCAGGAUGGAGUUUCUGGGACUUGACCAGUCAAGAGCUUAGUUCCAAUCUGGGCGGCGCUACUACUUUACCUGCCUUCGAAACUACCUGGGCUACAAUGCUCACAUUCUUUCCCUACAACGAGAUCGAUUCGUCUGGCAUACCGCUUAAAAGUCGUAGGGAGACUUUCCAGAGCGACAAUUGGACGUGCAUCCGAGAUCUUUUGCGCAGACUAUUCGAGUUAUACCCAAGUACGUACAGGAAGCACAGCACGUCUCUCAAUGACUAUGUACGCGCCAAUCUUGCACGAUGCCACCGGUUGAUUGCUCAUUGGCAUUGGAGACGUCCGGAGCUGAUGCUCAACGUCGUCUUGGAUUUCUUUGGCAAAAAUGGACUCAAAAGUCUGCGACGUGAAGCAGGCACUGGAUCGGUACCCUUCCUCAACGACCUUGCCACUGCCCCGUUCCUCAACGUCGACCCAAAUGAGAACUCCUUUCACAUCGCAUUGAAAUGUCUCGCUCUAGGUCUCCAGGGUAUGAGUAAUGCCUAUCCUGAAAAGAAGAUUCGUAGCUUUGUUUUCCGCUCUCUACCUAAUCAUGGGCGUGCUUAUCCCAAGGAUCAGCCCCUGGACGAAGAAAACCUCGCAGCGCUGCGCAAUCACCACGACCUACUCUCAACGCUGUACCGGGCUGCGCCACCCGCUUGUCGGCCAAAGCUUCAUCACAUUCGUGACCUUGUAAAUCACGAGAGCUCUCAUCGCGAAGCAUGUAGAGUCAGCGUUCGAGCCUGGGCCAAUCUCGCUACAUUUCAGCUAUCAACCGAAGAGCCGUAUACAUCUGCACGGCCAUUCGCAUCCUGGCACAAAGACAUCAUGCACCAAACGCUCAUUCAGUACAAGCUGGCGAAGACCGAAGCUGACGACUAUCUCAAGUCUGGUGUCCUGGACGGCACUACCGAUGUCUCUGCCGUCAUGGUUCGUCAAACAAUGGAAAAGAAUCAGGGGCAGGUCAUUGCGACGCUUAGAGACUGCAUUGCAGGGAUGAGCAGGGCAAUCCAACACGCAAGAGAUCAAUCAUCUUUGAAGGUGUUUCUGGAGGACUCCGACAUCAUGCAUCUUUUAGAGCUUCCUCAUCUGGAAGACCAUCGACUCGUCAACGUCAUCCGCGACGUCAUGAAGGUCCUUCAGGAUUAUGCAAAGAUUCAGAAAGUCAACUUGAAGAAGGACGUAAGCCAACAGACAAGCGAGGAAAGCCAGGACUACGGUGACUUUCCCGAUAUGGAUGACCUGGAUGAUAUGGAUGUCGAUGCCCCCGCAAAGACCUUUCACCAGUCGGGAUUGGAUUUUAUUCAGACCCCACUCUGGCACUUGCUGUCGAACGCAUUUGGCGCGGAAAAUUCGCCAGAUGAUAACCUACUUAUGGAUUGCAUCGACACAUGGGUUCGGAUUGCAGAAGGCCAGGUACUAGCGGGUGAGAGAUCAUGGUCAUACUAUCUCGAUUCGUUUAGUCAAGUAUCGUGGAAGCAGUUGCGCCAGACCGAACAGACUCGCAAAUUCGGCCCAUACUUCAUGGCUGCUCUCGUCGACUGUGACUCAGCCGCGUACGAAGAGCAUCGACAUGAGUUUUUCCAGGCUCUAAUGGUAAGCUUGGUGGAGCGAGAGUCGAUGCUGAGGUUCCAGCACAGACUGCUGCACGCCAUCGCGCAAACGGACGAGCAUCACCCGCUCAUGCAGAACCUGCCUUUCUUCCGCGAUAUAGAGACUGGGAAAUGGGACAUUACUGCCGACACUUUGCGUACGCGACGUCUUGCCCUCAUCUCCAGCAUUCUCUCCAACAUGCGCGACCACAUCCACGCCACUACCCGAGCCGAACCAUCUCGUCUUGGCGAAACGAAACGGCUAUACGCGUCAAUGCUGAAGGACUUCAUGACAUCUAUGAAGUACAACUACCAACAGCUCCGCCAAGGCACCACAGUGACCGGCGCAUACGUCGAAUUCGUGCAAAAGAUCGUACAGUUCCUCAAGCAAUACACGAACGAUAUCUGCCCUGUGCUGCCUUUCUUCACAGACUCGGUCGCCUUCCCAUUACCAGCUGGAGAUCCCACCUACGUGGUGGCACGCCUGUGUGGGUAUGCACCCAAGCUGUCAGACACCGGGACUGCGAAACAACUAUCUUUCUUCAUCCAGACUGUCGCACAACAAGCCGCUGCCGACAACCAACAGGCUUAUCUUGUCAAUCAGCUCACAACUGCUCUUUGCACCGAUGAAGCGCCUACUGGUGAUAGGGUAGCACUGCGAUCGGUAUUGCUACAAGGCAUCUUUCCGGCGUACUUGGAAGAAGCCUUUUCAUCAAGCACAGCCUUCGCAAUCGCUAGGCCCAUACUGCAAGCUCUGCCCGCGAUCCUGGACACGAUGAUCUUCGAUCUGCGCGUCACUCAGCCGGAAGGUCUCGCCUCAACCGUCGGCUGCAUCGUAUCGGUAUCACACGCCUUCAUCCGGGGUACAGAACAACUCAAAGACGACCAUCAUCUGCUCCAGCUUCCCUACGUCCUCGCCGCGCUCACGCAUAUGCUCGAAGCUCUCAGAUCAAUCCUCUCUCCAUUGGAGUACAUAUGCAGCCGGACCAUGCCCUCCGCACAUCUCAAUCCACCGCCACUUGUCGCCUACAUCGACGAGGUCAGCAUCUUCAUCACCAAGCUUCUCCGCGGCGCAACACCAGACACCAUCCCCUCUUACGCCGGCGAUGCUCAUGCGUCACCUUCGGGGAAACAACACGCAGAUCUCCUAGCUUUUUGUCGCCGCGGCCUGGAAGACAGCUUGAAGACGAAUUGGAGUGAAAGCGCUGGAUCAAUUUGGUUUGGCCAGGGUCAUGCGCGCAGAGAGGUACUCUUCGAUUUUGGGAGUGUGGAGGAAGAACGAGGGAGACUAGAAGGCGGGAUAAAAGGGCUUCAGGCUGCGCUUCAUGAUGUUUAUGGAUAUGGGGACGCUGGGAUUCAUGGUGAGGAGGAAACGAAUGUUGGGUACGACAUGGUGGUUUAGUAACGUCUUGGAUUUAGCGGCAUGAACACGGCGUAUAAUGGCAAUUCUUGAAUUACACGAAUAUAAUAAGAAUCAUACUGAAA